AUGAAGUUAUACGGAAACCAGGAAGACGACUUGCCUCUCGACUACACCGAGGAGGGACGCAACAAGGAAGACGACCUGCCUAUCGACUACACCUUCGAAGAACGCAUCAAGCGCGCACAAUCCAAGAUGGGCGAUCGUACCGCUUUCUUCUAUGGUAAGAAUCUAAUUUUCUCAAUCCACCUCUCCUGGUCCACUUCUUUGAUCCCACUUCCUUCUACCACAGAAUCACCGGACUGA